UUCGGUGGCGCCUUCAGGGUAGACAUCGACUGUUAUGCUAGUGUGAAGGAUGGUGUUCACCGACAUAAGAGCUGCGUACGGACCGAAAUAUAACCUGUCUCUUGACACCACGCCGUUGGGCACAACACCUGCAGACCAGGUUUACCCUGACUCAUCCAGCAUGGAAACUCGAAUAGAGUAUCAAGACCAUGUAUAAAGGUAGACUGUCCCAUUCCCUUGCUUCUUCCGUAGUACCUUUCCCGACGCGAAGUACUACCUACGCCCCUUGCAUUGUUUACCGCAAUAAUGAGCUCUAUUGAUUUGAAAUUCCCCGACCAAUGUGGCAACAACGAUAAUCUUUUGGGAAAAUUGGAUCCUACUGUCAAAGCAGAUUCAAGUGUCUGCUCCGAAGAGCCUUGCAAGCAGCCUCGAGGAGAUAUCCAUUCCGACCCUAACCGCGGCACUGAUCAUCACCACGUCAAUGAUGAACCCCCCAGCCAGGUGCCAAUCGCAAUUGUGGGGAUGGCCGUCCGACUACCCGGUGGGGUGAGGUCGACUGACAGCUUUUGGGACCUGUUGCUCAGUCAGAAGGAUGUCAGCCGGGAAGUCCCCCAAGACCGCUACAACAUCGACGCAUUCUACAGUGACACCCAAUCGCGAGCUGUGAAAACAAGACGUGGGUUUUUCCUAGACCAUGAUCUGGCCGAUACGGAUCCCUCUGCAUUCAAGAUGUGGGGGACCGAAGCCGGUCACAUGGACCCCCAGCAGAGGCUUCUGCUCGAGGUUGUCUGGGAGUGCAUGGAGAACGCGGGUCAAGUGGACUGGCGCGGGAAAGAUAUCGGAUGCUAUGUUGGAAACUUCGGCGAGGACUGGCUGGAGAUGUCUAUGAGAGACCCGCUGUUCACGAGUCGAUACCACGUCUUCGGUGCAUCCGACUUUGCGCUGUCCAAUCGAAUCUCUUAUGAGUAUGAUCUCAGAGGUCCCAGUCUCACGAUCAGGUCGGCCUGCUCGGCGUCCAUGUCCGGUCUCCAUGUAGCCUGCCAGUCUGUAGCGUCCAAAGAGUGCUCCUCUGCCGUGGUCGCCGGCUCGAGCAUCUUCCUGACACCGACCAUGACGAAAUGCAUGUCGGAGAAUAUGGUGCUCGCUCCUGAUGGGGCAUGCAAAACCUUCGACAGGAAUGCGGAUGGUUUUGCCCGAGGCGAAGCAGUCAACGCCGUCUAUAUCAAAAGGCUGGAUGACGCGGUCCGCGAUGGUGACCCAAUCCGUGCGGUCAUCCGGGCAACGAUGAACACCUGUGAUGGGCAGUCCAGCAGUUUGGCCAUACCCAGCGCUGAUGCCCAGGAGAGUUUGAUUCGAAAGAUUUAUACCAGAGCCGGGAUAGCCGAUCCGACCAAGACUGGGCUUUUCGAGUGCCAUGGGACUGGAACCAGUGCUGGAGAUUUAGCGGAGACCGAAGCUAUCUCCCGUGUGUUUGGGGAGAAAGGGGUUCACAUUGGGGCCGUGAAACCAAACGUUGGACGUCCGAAGGUGCCUCUGGUCUGACCAGUGUCAUCAAAGGUGUUCUUGCGCUAGAGCAUCGCGCGAUCCCCCCGGUUGCCCGCCUCAAAAAUCGCAAUCCGAACGUUUCGCUUAGCCUUCGCAUCGCGAAGGAGCUGACACCAUGGCCCG